CAAAGUAAUUUUCGGGAAGUUAUCUGAGCAUUUUUGCAUUGCUUCGUGGAAACCCAUCAUUCUCCAAGGAAUAAGGCUAUGAAUUUCCUUUGCUUUUUGAUCAUUAUUCCUGUUGCGAUAGGACACAAUGACUUUGCAUACGACGCACAAACAUGUGGUAUUUCCCAAAUGAAUGAUGCUGCAGGAAACCCAUCAAAAGCAAGAGUCAGGCGAUCUUCAACAGCUGAUGCUCAACUAACCAAUACAAGUAUAGUCGGCAAUUCAACGCUUCAAAAAUUAGACGAGGACGUUGAUAAUGGUGACAAUUUUAUGGAAGAAAAGAUAAUGGGAGGUAGAAGAGCUGAGAGAGGUGAACUUCCAUGGGCAGUAUCGCUUCUCCUCUACAAUGAGUACAGGAAAGGUGAAUAUGUAUACGUGCACAAAGUUAAUUGCGGUGGUACGUUGGUUUCAAGACGACAUGUAAUAACUGCUGCACAUUGUUUCAAUAAGGGCUCAUCGUCAAGUAAAAAGCUGGGUCAAUGCAGCACCUCAGACAUGUACUCUCUGGAAGAUGUUAUACGUAUCACGAAAAUUUUCAUUGGUGGAACAUGUUCUAUAGCAGGCAAAUUUGGCUGCACCGAAUCAGAUAUCGGCAAGGUUUACAGAGUUGCGCGCGCGUCUUACCAGAAGUUUUACGAGCACGGCUGCAGAGGCAAUGACAUAGCGAUUCUUGAGUUGACUGAAGACGUUCCCAAGACAAUAAAUCAUGUUUGCCUUCCUUUCCUACACAAAGUGGAGGAGAUAGAAGAUCCCUACUUGAAACUAAGCACAUUUGGAUGGGGGAGAGAUCCUUUCAACCAUGCCGGAAAAUUUAUGACACCUUACUUGCAAAUAGCGGAUAUAGGUAGAAAACUACCGGAAGAUGUGUGCGAUAAAGCAAAGCCUUUCAAAGCAAAGGAUGCGUUCUGCAAUAAAUCCGGUCAGCAGCAUUUUUGCCAGGGUGACAGUGGAGGAGGAGUUACAGCGACUAUUCGUGGAAGAACUUACCUGAUGGGGGUAGUUUCUAUGGGACCAGACUGUGAGCGCAUUGCUGAACGGGGAGGUUCUUCUUCACUUGUACAGAUUUCCACUGACAUUGUUCAUCACAAGAAGACUAUCAAGAAAUGGAUUAUGGCAAGGGGAAGGAGAAAGUUCAAAGGUUUAGAUUCACGUCACCGAAUUUCCGACCGUUUGUUUCAAAAAACCAAAAAGCCAGAAAUCGCAUUACCUUACAAAGUGCCUCACGGUUUGUUUGGAAAAACAGGAAAGCCAGAAAUUGUGUCACCGCACAGAUUACCUCACCGUCACUUUAUACGAAUCCCCAACUCUUACCGUCCGUUCGAACCGAUAUUUGGCCAAAAUUGGAAUGACGACCCCUUUAGUGGCAUCAAUCUAUUCUCCACCCCUUGGAUGAUGUUUUGA